AGCUAUUUUAAGCUCUAGCUUUCUCUGCUCGCGGUGCCCUGCGUCGCUUGCCGGAGUAUGGCUCCGAAGAUCUCGGCCCAGGAUCGCGCGAAGAAAUUGCAGGAGAAGGGUAUUGCUUUGGAGAGGAAGGCCGAGUACAUGCUUGUGGUUGCCAAGUUGAAGGAUCAUUACGAGCUUGUCGUUGAGAUGAAAAAGAGGAUGAUUAACUUGGGCAUUCUGACCGCCUCUGGCGAGGAUAAUCCUGAUUAUCGCCCCCCGAAGGCCUUAGGCGUCAAGGAGGAACUUGAUGACAAGGCGGGCACCCCCGUCAAGACGGAGGGCGGCGCUGGCAGCAAAGAGGACGAUGCCGAAGAGAUCGGCAAUGUAGUUUUGCACCGGAACUUCGGCACAUGGGGGUCAAUCCCACCUAAGUAUAUGAAGUGGUUGCUGUCGCGCGCCGAGCCUGUUUCUCUCAGUCCAUUUUCCCUCAAGGCGUUAACGAAACAAGGGGCCAGGGAACCACAGAGAGACCUCAUGUUGGAGAUCCUCGAAGCGAUAUCUGGUUUCACUCGGAGCGACAACAUCGGCGAGAACAAGCUGCAUCUCAUCUCUGAGCGGGUCAACCAGGAGAAUCAGCAGCGCGGCAGGAUCUUGAUGAAUGUCGCUCCGCCUUUCGAUUGGGAGUCUCUUGGGUUCUUUUCAGCCGCACUUGUGAAGGAUCAGAUUUACGAGUUGCUGGAAAAGUAUGCGAAUGUGAAGGUCCAGAUCGCCCUUGACAUCAAAGACGGCUCACCCGUGACCGUCGACAUGAACUUCAGCAGGGCGAGGGCUGUAUUGGUGUAUACGAAGCCUUCCGGCAAGGUUGAGCGGAUGAACUGCAUGCAGAUCUUCGUCGACGCAGGCGAGGGCCAGUCGCUGGGGAAUUCGGGCGCCACGAUCAAUCGCCAGGCUUCGCCGUCGCAGGCGCGCUCGCCGAUGACAGCGGCAUGCGCACAGGCGACGCCACCCUUAUCACCGCACGUUCCUGCGCCGGCCCCUUGCGGCAGGCCGACUGCCAGGAGGGCGGCGCCGUUGGGCGUUGCGGCCUCGUCGCCCCCCCCCAGCGAAGAUUGCGAGGCUUGGGCUGGCAUCGCCAUCGAUCGAGCCUGCCGCGGCCGCCUGCGAUGCGAAGUCGGGGAAGCAGGGCGGCGAGGAGAAGGCAGAGGUGGAGAUCGCUGCCCUUCCCGAGCAGGUGGCCGAGGUUGCAUCGCCACUAGCUGGCGCCUUUGCCGCCCCAGUGCUUCCACCUGACGGCGUGGACAGAGCCGAGGACGAGAGCGACGGUGGUGCCCGUCCCGCCGAGCUCUCCGCAAAGGAUUCGGCCGCCCUGGGGGCCUUCGACGAGGCAUCUUUCGUGCCGCCCAAGGAGGAGGACAAGGGGCAGUGAGGGGCUGUCUCUUUGCCUUGGCACGUCCUGGCCUACGGUCCAGGCUGGGAUGUGUCAGUUUUUGCGCAACGCCUCAGGUUCAGUCGGCAGCGGUUCUUACCGCGCUAGCUUCGGUUGCCACCGUUUGGGCUCGGGCACCUCUUAGGGGCAUGAGUGUCCGCGGGAGACUCUUGAGGUGCCGAGGCGUAGGUCUAGCUGUCAGCGCCGUGACCAGGGCAGCCCUGUGAGGGCGAAACUUCUGGGGAAAAGGGUCGUCGGCAAUCCAUUGGGUUUUUUUGGGCGGCCGCCCGCGGCUACGGUUUGGCCGCCCGCCUCUUUGCGCGUUCGCUUCGUUGCUGGUCCAUUGCCGCCUCGUUUUCCCCAUCAUCGCCACCACAUGGUCGCCAUGAUCCUGAUGUAUAUAUCCUCCUCUUCGCCGUUCUGCCCCCGCU